AGGGGGAAGGAGACCACCACCGAGUUCUUAGCUCGUUAACUGCGGUGCACUUUUUAGAUAAACGAAUCUGGUUAGCGUUAGGGCUCGGAAUGAGUAAUAAGGAAAAUAUAAAAGGUCCAGUUAGCAGCAAACUCACCGUGCUGCGAUCCCAUUUGUCUUAGGAUUCUUCAUCUUCCAGCCAUGGCUUCUGAGAAAGAAGCCGCUCUUGCGGCUGCCCCCUCCAAUUCUCCGACCAUCUUUGACAAAAUCAUCAAGAAAGAAAUUCCAGCAAAUGUGGUUUAUGAGGAUGAUAAGGUGUUAGCCUUCAGGAACAUAGCUCCUCAAGCUCCCACACAUAUUCUAAUUAUUCCCAAAGUAAGGGAUGGCUUGACUGGACUGUCAAAGGCUGAGGAAAGGCACUUUGAGAUUCUUGGCCACCUUCGUUACACUGCUAAGCUGGUAGCCAAACAGGAAGAACUGGAAGAUGGCUUCAGGGUUGUGAUUAAUGAUGGCCCACAAGGAUGUAUAUACAGUUUCUUCUUUCUCCAUUUUACAUGCUUAAACGUGUGUCAUGUGUAUCUUUUAGAACUUUUAUUGAUGUAGGAGUGUCCCAUUGCAGGUCAAUCUGUUUAUCACAUUCACGUCCACCUCCUUGGUGGCCGCCAAAUGAACUGGCCUCCAGGGUAGGAUGGUGUAAAUAUUGAUUUGGGCAGGGAAGACAUUCAUUGUAAUGAUAGUACAGUAGUAUUUGUUCUCUGCCCUGAUUGAUGAUUGUCUAAUUGUAAGUAAGCAAACUAGUUACUAGUUGCUUUCUAGUAAGAUGCUCUGGAUGUUCCAUGGCACCGUCUGCAGGGCUUGCCCGUAUGCUGGGUAAAGCCAGUGAACCUUGUUAAGUAUGAAAAUAAUAUGCUGUGACUUAGCUAUGCCCUGUGUUCCUCAUUUUCUUCAAGUUUCCAAGUGAAGUGAUGUCAAUUUACUUUUUGAUGCUUUGAACCAUCCUUUGAAUGUGUUUGGAAGCCUGUGAAAGAUUUUGAAGCGUUAGACUGCAGGAAUAAACAGUAAGAUGGGGU